AUGUUUGGGACUCUCGGAAAACUCGAAACCGCGAGAUUAAUGCGUGAUUUAGGGUCUUCAUGUGGUGGAUUUGAGGACAUAGGUAUGAGAAUGGAAGGCGAGAUCAUUGUGCCACACGGAGGUGAUGGAGAAGGGGAACAGCUGACUGAAACGGCACCGUUUCAGCAGACGGAGAGUCUCGUUGUUGGGUAUGCUCUGACUCCCAAGAAGAAAAAUAGUUUCUUGCAGCCCAAGCUUGAAGUCCUGGCUAGGAGAAAAGGCAUUUGCUUUGUCGCCAUCGAUUUGAACCGUCCACUUUCUGAACAAGGACCAUUUGAUGUCGUUUUGCAUAAGUUACUGGGAAAAGAGUGGCAAGAUGUUAUUGAGGAUUAUCAGCAAAAACACCCGGAAGUGACUGUGCUUGAUCCUCCAGGUGCAAUACAACGUAUACAUAAUCGACAAUCGAUGCUUCAGGGUUUGGCAGAUUUGAACCUGUCUGAUUGCAGUGGCAGCAUUUUUGUUCCAAAGCAAAUGGUUGUCUUGAAAGAUUCAGCAUCUAGUGCUGAUAAAGUUGUGGAAGCUGGUCUUAAAUUUCCACUAGUUGCAAAGCCACUCUGGAUCGAUGGAACAGCGAAGGCACAUCAGUUGUUUUUAGCUUAUGACAGGCGGUCACUUGCAGAACUUGAUCCGCCUUUAGUCCUGCAAGAAUUUGUUAAUCAUGGUGGAGUUAUGUUCAAGGUAUUUGUGGUGGGUGAAACUAUAAAAGUUGUGAGGCGGCUCUCUCUACCGAAUAUUAGUAACUGCGAAAAAGCUAAAGUUGAUGGCAUCGUCAAAUUCCCAAGGGUUUCAUGUGCUGCUGCUUCAGCGGAUAACGUAGACGUGGACCCUAGUAUUGCUGAGCUACCUCCAAAGGCUUUCCUCGAGGCCCUUGUGAAAGAGCUACGAAUCUUAUUGGGACUUCGGCUUUUCAACGUAGACAUGAUCAGGGAACAUGGGAGCAAGAACGUGUUUUAUGUUAUUGACAUCAAUUAUUUUCCUGGAUACGCAAAGAUGCCAGAUUACGAGCAAGUAUUUGUAGACUUCUUCCACAAUAUGGCGCAAGCCAAACAAAAGAAGAUACAUUGUAAAUGAAGGAAGUUUGAGAUGUUGUUCUAAGGAGAGGUUUAAACUCAUGUGUGGAGCAGUGGUUAAAGCAUAGUGACUAAACUAAUGAUGGAUUUGUACAUAAUUAAUUAGCUCUCAUUCCUUUUGGAACCUUUAUCAGAUAACAAGUUUUGAUUAGUGUUUCUGAGUAUUUUAUAGGUUUAGAGAACUUGAUGUUGUACUCAAUUUACCACACAAAAUCAUCC